UCUCUUCUCUCAACUUUUGCUUACUCUUUCUUGACAAACUUCGGUUUCAUUUAAUUUUCAAAUGGCCACGAUUCAUAACAUAUGCACAAGAAUGUCUACGGAUCGUAUGCUCUCUUCGUCCAGGACUUUGAGCGAUGUCUCGUUAUUUGAUUCUAGAAUGAGGAGGAGAUGUUCUCUUCAGAAGCAGAGCUUCUCCGUUAGAUCGACGAGGAUCACUCAGGACAAUCAACAGCAAAAUAUUUCUUCCUCUCAUAACGGUCAUUUAACUCCGGAAAAGUUGACAUCUCAUUUUGAGCUUCCGAAUGGUGAGCGCACCCUGGGAGAGACAGUUUUAAGUCCAAAUGCUCAAAGAAAAACAAAGAUAGUAUGUACAAUUGGGCCUUCCACAAGCUCACGUGAAAUGAUAUGGAAACUGGCAGAAGCAGGAAUGAAUGUGGCACGCUUAAAUAUGUCACAUGGAGACCAUGCAUCACACCAGAAAACUAUUGAUCUCGUUAAAGAAUACAAUUCUCAAUUUGAAGAUAAGGUUAUAGCCAUAAUGCUGGACACCAAGGGUCCUGAGGUUAGAAGUGGAGAUGUGCCUCAACCAAUCAUAUUGAAAGAGGGCCAGGAAUUUAAUUUCACUAUCAAAAGAGGCGUCAGCACGGAAGAUACUGUUAGUGUGAACUAUGACGACUUUGUGAAUGAUGUAGAGGUUGGAGACAUACUACUUGUAGAUGGUGGAAUGAUGUCAUUAGCUGUGAAGUCAAAGACACAGGAUACAGUUAAAUGCGAGGUGGUUGAUGGUGGUGAACUAAAAUCAAGACGUCACUUGAAUGUCCGUGGAAAAAGUGCAACUCUGCCUUCAAUAACAGACAAAGAUUGGGAGGAUAUCAAGUUUGGGGUGGACAACCAAGUUGAUUUCUAUGCCGUCUCAUUUGUGAAGGAUGCUAAAGUGGUCCAUGAGUUAAAAGAUUAUCUCAAAGGUUGCAAUGCGGAUAUUCACGUGAUUGUAAAAAUUGAAAGUGCCGACUCUAUACCAAACCUUCAUUCAAUAUUAUCAGCAUCUGAUGGGGCAAUGGUUGCUCGUGGAGACCUUGGAGCUGAACUUCCAAUUGAGGAUGUCCCAUUAUUGCAGGAAGAUAUCAUUAGAAGGUGCCGCAGUAUGCAGAAACCAGUGAUCGUAGCAACAAACAUGCUGGAAAGCAUGAUUAAUCAUCCUACACCAACAAGGGCGGAAGUUUCUGACAUAGCAAUUGCAGUAAGAGAGGGUGCUGAUGCAGUCAUGCUUUCUGGUGAAACUGCCCAUGGAAAGUAUCCAUUGAAAGCUGUUAAAGUUAUGCAUACUGUGGCAUUGCGAACUGAGUCAAGUCUACCAAUUAGUAUUAGUCCUCCAACCGAGUCAAGUGCAUAUAAGAGCAAUAUGGGUGAAAUGUUUGCUUUGCAUGCAACAACUAUGGCUAACACUCUCAAUACGCCUAUCAUGGUCUUCACAAGAACAGGAUCCAUGGCUACUCGUUUAAGUCAUUAUCGGCCUUCCUCUACAAUAUUUGCCUUCACAAAUGAAGAAAGAAUUAAGCAGAGGUUGGCACUUUAUCAAGGUGUCAUGCCCAUAUAUAUGAAGUUUUCAGAUGACGCAGAGGAGACCUUCUCCCAAGCUAUCAAGCUAUUAAAGGAUAAGGAUCUACUGGAGGAGGGACGGCGCAUUACUCUUGUCCAAAGUGGAGCUCAGCCAAUAUGGCGUCGAGAAUCUACUCAUCAUAUUCAAGUUCGUAAGGUUCAAGGCUGAUUUUAUUUCAAAGUUAUACUGGUUAACUGAAAUAUUAAUUAAAAGUCUUGAAGUUUCUUGUUAUAAGUGUGAAGUAUUACAGUUCUCUAAAGAUUUUGUGAACCAUAAACACUAAUUACUUGUUGGAAAUUCUUUUGUGAAAGAAAUAUAAAACUGAUAGGAUUAUGUCGCAGAGGCAUGCCACAACAUUAUCAGUUAUAUCUUUGUGUACGUUCAUCAACGUGAAAUUCACUAAUUUAUGAGGAUCAUCAAACUUCUCUGCCAA